UUUUUGGAAAAAAUUUAGAAAUAAAAAAUUUGUAAAAAAAGUUUAAAAUUUAAAAAAUUUUAAAAAUUAAUAGAAAAGUGGAAAAAAUAUAUAUUUAACCUUUAUGUGAUGUUUAGGGGAAAAUCGUAUACAUUGAGCUAUUGUAGAGUUGUAUUAAAAUUGAAAAAUUUUAAGAAAAAAUCGUGACGGCGAAUAUCUAAAAAAAAACACAAAGAUACAAAAAUAUAGAUAAUUAAAGCGAAUAAACCCUAAAAACGAUUUUGAAACGCAAUUUACCAUAAGAAAUCCUUUGUUGUUUUUUUCUUAUUCUUAUUUAUAUAUAUCUACUAUUGUUGUUGUUAUUUUUAUUUGUUUAAGCGAAAAGAAAAUAAAAAUUAUUUAGAACAAUUGUUGUUGUUUUCUCAAUAAAAAUAAUAAAAUAAAAAUACAAAAAAGAAAAAUAUAAAGAAAAAGGAAAAUUUCAAUUCAAUUGUUCAAUUCGACUUUGCCUGAAGGGGGUAGUGAAAGAGUAAAAUUUUUUUACAUAAAUAACAAAGUCAUUGUGGAUGCAAUGGCCAGUAGUGAAUCAAAUACCUUUGAAGAAGAAUCAACCCCAGCGACAAUAACGACUACAACGACAGCAGAAAAUAUGCCUAUAGAAAGUACACCAACACAAAUACCAAAUGAAUUAGAAAUGGAAACGGAAAAGGAAGUAAAUUUAAGCCAAGCCAUAGUCACGCCCAGAUCAGCCUCUUAUAGGGCUGUACGUUUAUCGGAAUCCGAUUUAAAUGAUGAACAACAAAACGAUGCAGAUUCCUGGUGGUCUGAAGUAGAAAAUAAUGAUCUCUUAUUGGAUCAAGUGCCCAAUGUUACUUCAGUUUUUACCCCUUCACCGGAAGCUAUACUGGAGAAAAGCAUUUCAUUGGCCGAAAGUGAAAGUCUUCUAAAGGGAGAGGAAAAUUUUGAUCGUUUGCAUAGAAUAGCGGAUAAAAUUAAAAUGACAUUGAGUGAACAUGCCAAAAAUAAAGAAAUAGAAGAAAAAGCCGAAAGAGAACGUAAAUUAAGUGAAACUAGUGAUAGAGAACACAAAAACGGUUCAUUGGAUAUGGUUGGCGAUUUAGAGGUGUGUAAGGAACAAACUUUAGAAGAAUUUAAAGAGGAAUUACGCACUAAACGUUUGCAAAGACAAAACGCAGUACAGGAUUUGCGUGAUGAAAUUGCUUCGUUACGACGUCAAUUGGAUUUAGAACGUGAGGUUAAUAAACGUUUGCGACGUGGUGAAUAUAUAGAAGAAACUUCCUCUACCCCUAACACAGAUUCUGUAGACUUAGCUGGUGCCUGUGCUGUUGAAGUCUCAAGUAUCUCCCAGGAUGAAGAUUCUUUACGUCGCAGCCGUCAUGCCAAUAUAGAAUUGGCUAAUGCUCAAUUGGCUUUACAAAUGGCCAAUUCGGAGAAUAUUUCUUUGCGUGGUGAAUUGGCUGUGGUGCAGAAACAAGUUAUUACUUUGAAAGAGGUCAUUGCUUGUUGCAAACAAAUGUUGGCCGUUAAAGAGGAACAAUGCAAUGAGAUUUUUCGAUAAAGGAAACUCGAAAAAGUCAAUAUCGUAUGGAGAGAUAACCAAAAUAACAUUUUCAAAACAAAAUAUUUUGUCUAUGAAAUUCUCACUUUAAACGAAGAUACAUUUUUGAAGGCAUAACUACACAAACAAAUUAAAAUACACAGAGCCGCUACACGAAUGAAACUGUAGAGUUAAGGAAGGAAAAGAAAAACAAAGUGAAAAUUCGUAGAACGUUGUAAAACGAUGACGAUGAAAUUGUUAAAUGGAAUCAACGUAAAUUUGAUUACACAAAUAUUGUAUUAUUGCAAAUUAUUGUAAAUCUAACAAGCUAUGUAAUUCUAUAACAAUUUUUAUAUAUUUAAUGUAAAUUUAAAGAAUUUAUGUAUAAACCAUUUUACUCUUGUAAACAAUUUUUGUAAACAUUUUUAUUUAUAAAUAAAUAAAAUAAGAAAAUA